AUGUCGACUGACCAGUUUUCUCAAGCAGUGAGUGGAGCUAACACUCCACGAUUCAAUCCAUUCUCAACAGUUUCCACGCCGUUGUUCGAACUUAGUAUUCCUGGCCGCCUUACGUUAGAAAAAGUUUAUCUAAAUGGUCUUCAUGCACUAAGACGGUUUGAAAUUCGCAACGUAUCACAAUCUACAAUAUUAGUGAAAUUGCGUUCUAAUCUUGGUUCACAAGUCGCGUUUCAACUUAAAAAUGAAAAUCUUCCCGACAUAGAUUCUCAAAAAGCAGAUUUACUAACUUCGUCUGAGCUUAAUUCGGAAGAAGAACAGAAUACAUUAUUUAAUGUUUCAUUAGAUAACUCGUUAAUUAAUAUUGCAACGAAUACUGUUGCAGCAGCUGCAGUUAGUGCUUUUAGUGACAAUGUCAAUGGUCAUGAAUUCAAUCAACUUUUCAAUUCCGUGAAUCAUAUAGACGAAAUAAUCAUUCCUCAGGGAAGUUCACGAAAGGUAAUUUUGGUCUUUCUGCCAGAUGCUCAUCAUAAAAGCCGUAGAUCUGAGGAAGAUCAAAAUAUGCCUUCUUCAACAAAUGAUAUUAUCGGGAUAUCUGGUACAGGAAUUUCCGACGAGAACGAUGAAACAAGGAUAAAUAAUAAUGUUUUCACACAGUCGUCUGAUGAAGAUGAAACUCAUGAUUUCUUUGAAGUCAAUGGACUAUUGUUUUUUUUUGCCUAUAUUAUCGACAAGCAAGAGGAUGUUGAAGACAUGGAAAUGUCAAAUAUCGGAUUUUCUAAUACAAUCUCUUACAGUACUAACUCUUUGGCCUUAACAAAUGAAACUGAUCAAGUCAUAUCUCCUCGUGAUAUCGAAUCGAUAAGUAACUCUUCUAAAGCAGAUUAUCAGAUUACUGUUAAGUUUCGUUCUAAAGUUUGUCGUUCAGUAUUAUGGACCGAUGUUGGAGAAACUGGAAUUAAUUUUGAUGACUGUGUAAACGGUGGUACUUAUUUCAAGGAUUUUACUAUAUGGAAUCGUUCCGAAAUUGAGCUAUAUUGGUUUUUAAAUACGGUAGAUCUAUCGAAUUCUGAGCGUGAAGACUGGUUAAAAUUUACAGACUAUGAUACUGGUGAAUUACUAGAUGAUAAGCCAAUACCAAGCUAUUCUCAUAGAAGAAUUAGAGUCACAUUUAAACCUCGAGAAAUAGGAGAAUUCAAUUAUGACUUACAGAUUGAGAAUGCAAAUGAUUCUUCCAAUAUUUUGCAAAGCAGAAUACAUGCAGUUGUGAGAUCAGUUUUAAGAGAGGAGUCAUUAGUUGUUAGUAGUGGUAACAUUUUGGACUUUGGUGAUUGCUGUGCAGGAGUAUGGAGUAAACAACAGUUGAUUUUAAAGAAUGUUAGCGAAGUACCAUUAGAAAUUCAUUUUUCUGCAGAAAGUGCGGAGGUUUUGUUCUAUUUGAAAACAGACAAUUUGAUAGAACAUAGUAAAAUAGAUCUAAAAGAUAACGAUGACCAAACAGAAGACAUGACUUCCUUGCAUCAUCACUUUAAGGAUGCUGCAAAUAUUACGGGUGUUACAACAACCACUAGUAAUACUCCUAUUAACACGAGCUCUAUGGGCAGCGAAGUUAGUUCGAGACCAUCAUCUCCUCAUGAAACCGAUGGAUUAGCAUCCUCUGUAGAAGGACUAACUUAUACAAAUGAAUCAGAAGCAUCAAAAAUGUCAAGUGGACAUCACUUCAAUAAUAUCACAGAUUCAGACGUAGAUAGUGUCAUGAUUAAAGAUACCAUAGAGAAAGGAAAUUUAGAACAGGAGACUUCAGAUAAUAUAGCUCAAAUUGAAGAGGUGGUUUUUGGACCUGGAAGAGAAAAAACGGUUCAAGUUUCAUAUCGUCCAGAAAAAGAUUCAUCCGCUAAUAAUUUUAAAGCUGGACGGUUAACGCGAAGAACCUUUCGUAUUAUUUUACAAUAUGCACCUAUCAAUUCAAGUUCGGCAAAUAUAAGAUUAGAUGGAUAUGAACGCAAAAUUAUUCAAUGUAAAGCUAGGAGCUGUACUUCCUUUAUUGAAGUGAAUCCUAAAGAAGUGAAUUUUGGAGAUACAGAUGUUGGUACUCCUAAAUCUGUUCCUGUUAAAAUCAUUAACUUAUCUGAAUUAGCAGCUCGGGUAGAAUUGCAGUUUGUUUCAAAAGUGCUAAAUUGCACUCGGGAUGAAAUUGUUAUUCCGCCGAAACUAUCAACUGAAGUCAAACUCGAUAUGUACCCAAGAAAGGUUAACGUUGAUUAUCGAAAGCAAAUUACCGUUAUCAAUUUACAAAAUCGCGAUAACGAUCAAAUCUUAGAAGUUAGAAGUACAAAUAUAGACAAGAAACGGGUUACUUUUCAUUCCCUGUUUUAUCGAAUUUUGACUUCCACUGGUGGUAAUUUUAUUGAUUUCGGGCCUACUGUGAUAAAUUCUCCAAGCGUUCGAACAUUCACAAUUCAUAAUAUUAGUGCAAAGAAUUUGGUUCUUGAAAUAACUUCUUUAUUACCCGAGAUAGUCAUGUAUCAAAAGCUCAUAAAACGCGGUGAUUCGACCAAUUCCAGAGACCUUCGCUUGAUUACACAAAAUGAUGCAGUUUAUAACAUUGCUGAUAAUGGAGAGAUUGAACAGAAUAAUUCUUCUAAACUUGAAAGGCGUGAAAAACUUUUAGAGUCUAUUGGAAAUAAGAGAAUAUUAAAAAAACAACCUUCUAACAUUGACAUUACUAAAGCGAAUUUAAAUGCUAGUGGGAAGAUUCAAACUAGUUUAUCACAUAGCUCACAUACAUCACUUGAUUGCGCAUUAUCAGAUUCUUCUUUAUCAGGCGCAGCUUAUCUUGAUUUAGCAAGUUCUUCAAUCUUGCGAUCCCCUCGGAGACGACCGUUAAAGGUUUCACCUGGGCUUGGCAAGAGUCCUACAAUUGAAAAGUUAAAGAAUAUCCCAAUUAAUUUGAACGACAAUAAGAUGAAUGAUAUGUCUCAAGAAAAAUUGCAAAAAAGAGAUUUUGAAAAUCAAAAUGACGCUUCGAUAAAUAUUUCCUCAGGAAAUAGUCGGACAGUUAAUAUAAAUGAAGAAGAAACAUUAUCAAAUAUGCCGAUAGAAUCACUAAUUGCUAUACUAGAAAAAAAUAAUGGUACUUCCCCACCAUUAUUUCCGAAUACUUCUAUUGAAGCAGCUUAUGUUCAUAAACGAAUGACUCUUUUACGUGAAUUACAGAAUCGUAUAAGAGAUAAUCAGAUUGUUCCUAUUAAAAUGAUAGAAAUUCCGCCUAACGUGGAAAGUCAGAUAAUAGUAGUCUUCACCCCAAAGAGACAAUUAAGACCAACAAUUCAAGGAUCUCCCAAAAAAUAUGAUGCUAAGAUCUUCAUUCGUCUUAUCGAUUUUGACAGAGAAAUUCAACAGCCACAAUUUGAUGUUUUGUUACGAGGUGAUCAAAGUCAAAUUCCUGUUAGAGAACUUAUGGUUAAUACGACUAUGUGUAGUUCAAUUAUGUAUUUAGGUCAAAAGAAUAUUAAUUUUGGAAAUAUGGAUAAAAACGAGCGAAGAAGUAAAAAAAUCCCCAUACAAAAUCGAAGUGAAGUUCCCUUAUUAUAUAACAUCCGAAAAUCGGGAUCAUUUUCUUCAGAUUGCAUCGUGUUUUAUACCGGGCGUAUGGGAGUUGUUCGUGGGUAUGGUAAAAAAGUAGUAGAAUUCACAUUUAAUCCAAGUCUUCCCGGACAAUUUCAUGAAAAGUUAGUAAUCGAGAAUAUCCAAGAUCGAGAUAAUGAUCAGGUGCUUUCGGUUAAGGCUAAUAUAAAGAAAUCACCCAAUUUUUUUAUCAAUUCAUUGAAUAUGAAUUUUGGAGCUUGUUUCAUUAAUGAAAAUGCAUUGCAAGAUCAGCACUUCACGAUUACCAAUAUAAACAAACUAUCUCGUAUUACGUUAGAGGUUCGCGUUGAUCCACAAGAUCUUAAAUUUGAAUGGUGCAGCGGUGAACUAAAUUUUGCACUUCAGGAAGACAAUGAUGGAUCUUUAGUAAACAGUGGACUUCUUAGCGAAGAGGCGGAAGAAGAAAUUGAAAACCUUGAACAGAAAGUAAAAAUUGCAAGACGUAAAGGACAAGAAGAAAAGGUGAAAAAAAUAGAGAAAAAGUUGGCAAGGUUACGACGAGGUGAACCAAUAAAGGAAGAUACUUCAUUGGAAAAUAAUAACGAGGAUGAAAGGUCAGAUAUUCUUAGUGAUGGACAACAAACUCCAGUUCCUAAAUACAAAAAAACACAAACAUCAAUCAUAUUUACUAUGGAACCUCGUACAUCAAAAACAAUUUAUAUUUAUUUUAAAGCUAACACGAUAAACAUUGAUUCGCUCCAACUGGAGGAAGGAAAGAUACUUCAAAGGCCCUCUCAAGAAACGAUUACUAGUCAAAUUUUUGUUCAUGAACAUAGAAACACGGAUGCAAUGAAAACUGUCGUUUUUAAAGCUACAGUUUAUUAUGAUCAUUCUAGUUAUACAAAAGCAUUUUCAGAUGAGACAUCUAAUAAUAUUGAAAAUAAGUCAGAAUCAAGUUUAACAAGUUUUGCAUCAAUUAAAGAACUUUCUCCACAUGUAGAUUCAGUCGAACACGUGGAGACUUUAUGUGAAACCGACCAUUUGAUUUUGGAACCAACGAUAUUAGAUAUAGGGAGACUCGAAGUCAAUCAGAAUCAUAACUAUUACUUUAAAUUGUUAAAUCGAAGCAAUCGCCCGUUAAAUUAUGAAAUUGUUGUUUCAGAAGAGGAAGAAGGAUUUUUCCAGAUUAGCCAAAAAUAUGGAACAUUAUCACCUCAAGAAACUCGUCGCAUAGAUUUUUCAGUUGUUGCCACAGUAGUUGGAAGACAAUCUCACAAAUUAUUAGUACGAAAUAGUUCGACAAAAGUGGAAUGCAUUUUCACUCUUCAUGGAUAUGUACAUUAUUCCCAGUAUUUACGAUUUCCAUCGCUUGGUGAUGAUGGGCAAUCUGAAUUAAAUUUAGGUUAUUGCUACGUUGAUCCUGGACGAAAAUUUUCGCAAGUAGCACCUCUAACCGUAGAAAAUAUUUCCGAUGAUGAUGUUUAUAUUACUGCUCAAAGUAAUUUAUCAUUACAAGUAUCCGUUUUUCUUGACGAAGAUGGAACAUGUGGACAAGUAUCCAAAACUCUAUUAAAAAAGAAAUCGAAGACCACUGUUUGGGUUGCUUUACAUCCAAAUUUAUUAAGUGUUGUUCCUACAGCAAGAAGAAAUGCUAAUACAGGAACAGCAGCUGGGAGUUCAGUAAGUGGAACAAACAAUACAGACCGAAAUGCGAUUGCCAAUGGUGAAUGUCGCGAGUUAAUUGGUGGUAUUAAAUUUUCCGUACAAGUAAAAGAAAGCACGUAUUCAUCAUCUGCGCAAGAAACCAAUGAGAUGGAAUUAAUAGAAGCCAUUACCCAAACUGUCAAGUUCACUUCUUUAAUAGGCCGAUCUAUAUUAUCGGUAUCAGAUAAGCUAAUAUCACUUGGGUCCACUGCGUCUAUUGAUGAGACAUUCCAUGGUUCUUUUACCAUUCGUAACAUGUCUAGUCGUUUACCACUAGAUUACGAAGUCAAGUGUCCUAGCGGAAAUAUUAUAUUAGAUCGUACGUAUGGAACUUUGGACGGGUGGGAAUGUAAAUUCAGUCAACGUGAAACUCUCAGUCAGAAAGUUGUUCCUGAUGGUACUGAUAUUUUCCCACGUGAGAGUGAGUCUGAUGAUAAAUCAAUUGCCUUAAUUAAUUUUAAAUUCAUCACAUCAAAAUAUGGAUUAUUUAGAGAUAAAAUUAUUGUUACCAACAAAAAUAAUACGAGUCAGGUUGUUGAAGUAGAAGUUCGUCUAUUCGUUGAUAAUAAUACUCUCGGAUUUUCGGCUACAUCAACAAUUGUUGAAAACAUAAAUGAUCCUAAUAAAUUGCCUUUACUUUCAUGGGAAAAUAUCUCCACAACAGUCAUUAAACCAGAUCCAAAAGCGCAAAAUUCUACCUUAGAAUGUAGUGAAAACAUAUUGGAUCUCAAAGCUGUUAUUCAAAAAGGGUAUCAAGCAACAGCGGUUCCGUUAUAUGAAGUUUGUAUCGAGAUAUGUAAUAAAUCGUCAACUCAAAUUAGCGUUAGACCAUUAAGUGAUUUAGAUAUUAAGAUUAGAUGGGGACCCUUUACAGGUACAAACAUUAUUGAAAGCUAUGAUAAAGAAUCAAAUGUAAUCGAUCUGUUUCAUGAAUGUGGACCUAUAAUUGAAUUGAAUUCUGGUUCCAAAGCACAUCUUUAUGUAAGUUGUCCUCAACCUAAUUCUUUAACUAAUGAAGAACUAAAAUUAAUUGAAGAUGGUAAAAAAGUGAACGUCCAAGGUGUGCUGCUCCUAUAUGACAUCGUACAAGAGCUUACAUUAAAAUUGGUAAAUUUAAAUGCCAAUUUCUGUGUCCCAAAGGGCGAAUUAAGCACGGCAAUGAUAAAUCUUGGAAAGAUAAGACACUCUAAUUCUUCGAUAUUUCAAUUCACUUUACGUAAUUUAUCUGAAAUUCCUUUACAUUAUGAAUUACAAAGUCCCGAUUGUAUUGAAAUAUUAGGGAUAAAUGAUGAUGGGUCAAAGGCGCAGAAUAAAGGAGUUAUUGCUUUGAAACGUACAGUAGAACCACUCGUUGAUCAGAUAAUAACAGCAGUUCUGAAGCCUCGUAGAAUUGAAAAUUUUUCUGCUGGGGAAAGAACAUUUUCCGUCAAUGUUCUAAACAUGUAUAAUCCUUACAAUAAAAUGACCUUGGAUAUACAAGCUACGCUCACUUUAUUUGAACUUAAAUUUGAUCGCUUAAUUCAGGGUGAACUUGUAUUGCCUACUCUUUAUCAUCCUAUUCCUCGAUCUGAUUUUCCUUACGACGCGUGGUUCACAAUUCAUAAUAUAAGCGAAAGGGAUAUUCGUUUCGAAAUUGGAGUGGAACUCUCACCUUAUAUUUCUAAUUUUAUCAAAAUUGACGUACUCUCGAGGUUUUCGAAUUCACCAUUAGUUGGAAGUGUUUCUAUUAGCGCUCACGGUUCAAUUGAAGUUAGAGUUUGUGCAUUUCCAAUUGAAACCAGCCGUUUACCUCAAGAAUCUUCAUACAUAAACUCUGAUGGUUUUACCUUUGGAAAGCUUUGUGUAGCCACAAAACAAAAUAAUGAAGAUGAUACAGUGGCUGAGAUUAUACCGAUACGUGGUUUUAUUAAAGAAUCUCCCACCUUUUCUGUUUCAACUAAGAAGAUACGUUUUAAGACGGAAUUAUAUUCUUCCGAUAGUGAAAUUACUAACGAUGAUAUUAGUAAAUAUCCGCUUAUUCAAAGAAAUAAAAUACAUGCUCCGAAUAAAACUGAAGAGAUAAAACCACCUGAUGAUUCUGAAGAUAUCUUGCCACAGAGAGAAUAUUUAAUAAUAACAAAUUUAUCAAAAAAAAUUUCAUUGUCUUUUAAAGUAAUAAUAGAGGGACCAAUGGAACUUUCAGCUAAAGAGGUUAUCGAUGUUUCCCCAUUAGAAGGAACUAUUGAACCUGGGAAAACGUUCAGUUUAAAAAUUGAACUCGUAGAUUCUACGAUAGCAGUUUCGGAAGACAUUAAGAUUCGUAUUAGAGAUAUUAAUUCUUUAUCUAACGAUCACGACAAGAUUGUUCUUGUCGGUAUUGAAUCUGUUACUCGCGAAUCUCGUAAAAAAACCAGAAUUGAAGAAAUUCCUGAUUCAGUGUCCGAAGAAGCUGCGGAACCUCGUUUUCACUUAUUUAAAUCUACUCAAAUGGGACACUUGUCAGGUUCACAAGAAAAACCUUAUUCUUAUCAAGAUAUUUCCCCCGAUUUUCCUUUCAUAACUUUACGUGGAUGCAAAAGAAUUGGUGAAGCCACAGAUGUUGGUGGUCGUUAUGAGCUUGAUUUAGGACAACAAGAUAUUGGUUUGACUUCUAUAGUAAAGAAACUGACUCUUGAAAAUACCACAUCAAAACGUAUCUCAUAUGAAAUUAAAACUGUUUCAGCUAUUGAUAAGAGCUGGCUAAAUAUAAGUCGAACUGAAGGUACUUUAGAAGCAUUAGCUGAUGAACAUCAUCGUCAAUAUACUGAUGUUCAUGCGAUAACUUUAAGUUUUUCAACGAGUACUCGUAACGUUUAUUCGACAUAUCUAAUUAUUAAAAAUUUGGAUAAUCCUUCAGACAUCAAGACUAUCAGAGUUGUUGCUAGACAAAAUUUAAAAAGAGGCACAAAUAUUUCAUUAACUAACAAUCAUGUUUUUGAUAUUUACGUAAAUGGCGUGGACAAUAACCAAAAAUGUGUAGAAAUGUCUAAUUUAUUUUAUGGUUCUGAAUAUACUGCCCGUAGCAUGGUUAUAUAUAAUAGGGAAACUGUACCCUUAGAAUUUACGUUUCAAACAAAUAUUGAUCAUGAUGAUCCAACAGAAAUACUAUUUUCUACUUCAAGAAUGUCGGCUAAAUUAUUUAAAACACUUACCAUUGAACCAGAAAGCAAUGUUCGAGUUUAUAUACGAUCAAGACCUCUACCUUCCCGAGAAAUACAAAAGCUUCUUGAUAGUGGUAAUCAAAGAGAUCCGGAUUUAGUAGAAACGAAAAUUAUUGAAAUCUAUGUGAACUGUAGGCUUGUCAAAGAUUAUCAGCAGACUGUAAUACUUAAAGCAGAAUGCAGGAUGCCAUCUUUACAGGUUAAUUAUAAUGAAAUGGAAGCUUUAAUGGGCAAAAUAUGUCGUAAUAAGGAUGAUGAUGAAUGGAAUUUCCAGUUUAAUCCAGAAUUUCGCGAAAUAAGGAUCAAUAAUUUACUCGAUAAACCUUUAGAAUAUGAAAUUGUUAAUGACACAAUGUAUUUCAAUUUGGAAUUUUCCAGUGAUGUCAAAGAAAUAGCUCCCAAAGCGUUUCAUAAUAUUUUGGUACGACCUAAUUUAAAAUCUUUGACUAAGCACGCUGAAAGCGUUCGAAGAGAAAAAUAUAUACAAGAAAUUGUAACAGUAUAUAAUAGGAACCGUCCUUCUGAAAAUUAUUGGAUUUCUUUAAGAAUGAGUUUUGGUUAUAUCUCAAAAUUUCAGUUUGCGUCUGGUUAUAAAUCAUCAUAUACCUACAGCGUACUCGAAAAUCAUACUGUUCGCUUCCUAAGUAAUUUUAACAGUAAUGCACAACUCUUUGAUUUAGUUGAGGAUAAUGAAGACAAAAAGAAAAUAACUGAUCUUGAGAUUCAAUAUUUAUACAUCGUCGAUCAACUAGUAUAUUAUGCAACGAUCAAAAGUGGUGAAAAUUGGUUCCAAUUAGCUAGUUUACUAUUUGGAACUGUUUUAGAGAACAAAAUAUUUCAAAAAUAUCGACCAUCUUAUCUUAAACAUUCUGAUCUGACAAAGAACGAAGAAAGAGUAUGGUCACCUAUAUUAGCAAAAUGGGUUUCUCCUUUGAAUUAUUUUAUUUCAUUUUUCCCUUAUAGAAACCCUAUACUCGAAAAUCUUAGAGAACUUCAUAAAAACUUAAUCAUUUCUUAA